AUGUCUCAUGCACCCGGACAGGUCCUGUUUCGUCUCAUGUGGCACGGCCAAGGCAUGGAUCUGCCUGUCCUCUUCUUCGGCCCUCGCAUCCUCAACCGACCGCGAAGCGGUGAUACUAGUGCUACGUACCUGCAUCUAGCCGGGCUGCCCUGUGACCAGGAUCUCGCGGUGUGGCUGUCAGAGCAACACACUAAGACCUAA